AUGCAAAAAAUGGCGAGUAAAAUGAAAAUACUGCAUGAGUAUGCAGAGAAAAACUUUGAAAGCUUGAGCGUAUUAUUGGAUUGCUUGCAUGGCCGAGAAAUUAAACAGUUGGAAAAUAAUGAAAGAGAAGGAGAUACUUUCAAGAAAAUAUGUGAAGAAGUAAUGCAGAAUUUGGAUUUUGGAAGUGAAAUUUUUGCUGCAAUAAUUCGUGCUGCUGUAAAUUUAACAAAGGAAAAUGAUGAACUGAAAAAUGAAAAUGCAGAACUCAGGAAUACGAUUUUUAUAUUGGAAAAAGAAAACACAGACUUAAAAGAGAUGAGAAAAAUGUCAAUUGUACAAGAGAAAAAAUUUGAAGAGGUAGAAUACAGAUUAGACCGUUUGCGAGAAAAAAGUGAACGAUUAAUAAAAGCGUGCUAUGAUGAGGAUGAGGAAGUUGAUGAUCUUAAAAGUCAGAUAUCAGAAUGA